AUGGAACUGUCGGUGUGGCCUUUGCGGUUGGCCUACCUGGUGGCCUUGGCCAUGCUGUGCGUUGGCCCCGUGGCCGCCGGCGACCGCGACCAUCGAGGAUCGACAGUCUCCUACCAGGUGAAGCAGGGGACAUGCGAGGUCGUGGCUGUCCAUCGCUGCUGCAAUAAGAAGAAGAUCGAGGAGCGCUCCCAAACCGUCAAGUGUUCCUGCUUCCCAGGCCAAGUCGCCGGCACCACCGCAGCUCGUCCCUCGUGUGUGGAAGCCUCCAUCGUGGCCCAGAAGUGGUGGUGCCAGAUGCAGCCGUGCAUGGCUGGAGAAGACUGUAAAGUCUUACCCGACUUGACCGGCUGGUCCUGCAGCACCGGCAAUAAAGUCAAAACCACAAAGGUCACACGAUAACAAGAGACCCCACUGGAGCAACAGGAAACGUGUGGACGACUUGUAUCAAUUUACGAUAAAGGAGGGGAGUGGGCAGGGGGGGGGGACUUAAGCGCUAUCAUGCUGUACCCGUGGCCGGCCAAUAGGGGUUGCCCAGGGUGUACGAGGACUGCAAGAAGUGACUGGAAUGUUCACGCGCCGAAUUCAAUUGUGAAGACUGAGUGAGCGUUUCAAAGUGCGUCUUUCAACCGAGCGUUGGCGGAGAAGGCCAGCGCCAACGCCGCGCGUGGUGCCCCCCCCCUGCAGACCUUUUGUCAACUCGUAGAGCUCAUCUAGCGCAGCCAAGAGAUAGCGGCUCGUAGCGAGCAAAUUAGGCUGCGAUGGCUCCCGUGGGCCAAGUCGCCGCCAAAAAGACUGUUUGGCCAGAGCCAAUUUGCAGUUCUCAUUAGGAAUUGCCAGUGUAGCAACAUAACUGCAUAUUAAAAAAUUCAUGUCUGGUAUUUGCACGAGUCGAAACCUUUUGGCUGCCGUUUGUUUAUUGCCGGCGAUCACCCGGCGGAAGGUUUCUCAGACCGGGAAAAUUGGGCGUCCAACAUCCGACAUUGCGGGUAGGCGAAUCCGCGAGAUGGGCCGGAAACGUUUGGACGGGCGCGUCGUCGAGCAACUUGGUCUACCUUCACGAGAAACCGGAGGCGUUUUUGCGCCUGCGCUGAUUCCGCCCCCCCCGGAAAGCUUUUCCGCAUCAAUAUUUCAGUGAGAUGUGCUGAAAUAAUUGCUGCAGUUGAAGCCCUUUUGCAGGCUUUUCCCGGAAGGCUCCGUCGCCGUCGCUGCAAUGAGGACAACGGCACGCACCCAAUAAGCUAUCUCGCGUUUCAUUCCCUGCUCCUCUUCCUCGUCCCUUGCUUGCCACCACCCACCCCCCCACAGCCCCCACUUCCCACUUUGACAAUGCAGUGAGUUAAUUUUGCACUGAAGAUGCCCCGGCUGGAUGGUCGUUCCUCGCGUCCAAUGGCGAGGCUCUCCCUAAAAGUGCCGAUGCGAAGGCGGGGCGGGUCAUGGUGUCUCCCGCUUGGCCCCCCCGGGGACCGCCGCUCUCCGGAUGAGACUCUCGCCUUUCAGCCGCGCCGCUUUAUGAGCCAUGAUAAAUCUGCAAGAGCCCACUUUGUGCCCGUCGCCUCUCCUCUGCUCGUCUCAGCUCUGCGCCAGAGGGAGCUCGGAGGAAAGCGGGCCUGCGAGUGGCAAGACGGCGCCGCGUUCUCAUUACCGAGGGGCCGGCGGAGCGCCCGGCUUCUCUCGGGAGCGCUGACACGGAAUAUUUUCAACCCCCCUUCUUUGCAGCAACCGCAGCUUUGCCACGUUAGCCGCCGUUCUCAGCAACAGCUGCGCCUUCGCAAACGGAAGAAGGCGGACUUUCUGGAGUCGGCUUGGCGUCGGGGUCAUCCGCGUGGUCGGAAGCGUCGCCCGCGCUGUAACGAUGCAAAUGGACGGUAUCUAUGGCAACCAUGUGAGUCAGCACAGCGUUCAGCGUCAAAUCAAUUUCUUACUGUAGACUUUGAACAACAACUCGAGAAACAUGGACCCCUGUCGAAAAAUAAGUUACAACAAAUGACAGCGGUUACAAAAAAAAACCCUUCCAAACAAACGGGAAAACCAGUCGGAGCAAAAGUGUCCGCAAAAGGCACGGACUGUAUAUGCGUUAAUAGUUUGACGCCAAACCACGACAGAUACGAAACCCAAACUAGAGCCACGCCCCAAACGCACUUCCUAUCAAAAUGCAAAAAGGAGGCGAGCAGCCACAAAAGAGAAUUCAACACAAAUCAGGAGUAAAGUGAGGAACAAUUGAAAUAUAACCGGUGCAGCUCUGGAGGAAACGCCCACCGCUAAAAAAAAAAGCAGAACAGAAUCGUAACAGUUCCAUUGCCCAACUCAAAUAUUUAUCGAGGUUUGUUGCCUUCGCUGUUAAAAAAUACAAAGUUGAGUGAACAAAAAAUGUCAA